ACUUAGUAUUAAAGGUACGUCAUUGCUCAGGUCUCCGCCUUCCUUUCCUCUAUAAUUUCCGUUUGGAAAUUCAACAUUUUGGACUAUAUUUUGGUAAUGUCUCUUCUUCCUCAAUGUUUUGAGCCCAUACCAUAGGAUAUAUAUACCUUGGACCAUGUUCGUUGGAGUUUUGGACGAUUGGAAGCUUGGAAAAAGUACCUUAAAGUUGGCAUAUAAUCGGAUUACAGGCAAAACUGCAUAGCUUCGAUAUAGGAUGUAAAUUGAUAUGUCUCGAAAGCAAGUACCCAGUUAUCCUUUUGAGAGGGGUGAGGAAGAUGAGAGACAAGAGAAUAAGAUAGAGCAGACCAAAGAUGGGGAGAGUAUUCAUGAACAUCAUGUCAGGAACAAAGGCCGACACUCUUCUCCUGCUGUGCACGUGCCUUCGAUUGAUCAACUCGGAAAGAUUGCCCGACAAUGCAACAUGGAUAUAACAGUAGCUGAACUCAAAGUGUACCAGUCCCAGAUGAAACGCACGAUACGUACUCUGAAUGAAGCGAGUAUACUACCAGAACCGCGACUUCCUGUCAAAUAUCCUCGGAUAUCCGGUCGUGAACCUGAUCCGCAAGAAAAUCCUCAUAACGCAUGGAGCCACGUUUGUACAAUCCACGGAGCAAAACGCGGAAAACUUCUUGGGAAGAGGAUUGCCGUGAAGGACAACAUUGCCGUAGCUGGCGUCCCACUGAUGAAUGGAUGUCACGCAUUGGAUGGUUAUGUUCCAGACUUUGAUGCGACAGUGGUGACUCGAAUAUUAGAACAAGGUGGAACAGUUAUUGGUAAGACGAGGUGUGAAGAUUUAUGCUACUCUGGAAGUAGUUUUACUGGAGCCGGUGGCCCCGUUCUGAACCCACAUGACACAACACGAAGCUCUGGUGGUUCGAGCUCCGGCAGUGCUGCAGCGAUAGCGGCUGGUGACGUCGACAUGGCACUUGGGACGGAUCAAGGUGGUUCGAUCCGGUUACCGGCGGCAUGGUGCGGUGUUUAUGGGAUGAAACCUACCUAUGGACUGGUUCCAUAUACUGGUGCUAUGUCGUUAGAACCAACUGUCGAUCACAUAGGACCACUGGCAAAGACUGUGUAUGACUGCGCGCUCCUACUCGAAGUCAUUGCAGGGUAUGAUAAUGGUCUGGAUCAUAGACAACAUCCAAAUAUCAAAGUACCACAAUACACAAAAGAGAUCGAAAAUUGUCAAAUUGACGAUGAGAGAAUCGGGAUCUUGAUCGAAGGAUUCGCUACUGAUUGUGGAGAUUCUAAAGUGAAAUCGUUAGUUUUUGAUAUUAUCAUGCAGCUGAAACAGCAUGGAGCACAUGUCGAUGACAUUUCUGUCCCUAUGCACAAACUAGGUUAUAUGGCUUUCGCCUGUUUUGCCCCUGAGGGAAUCAAUGCAGCGUUACUUCAAAAUGGAGGUGGUGGAUACGGUCACCAAGGUUACUAUCCAUCUAGCAUGAUAUCACAGGUAUCAAAAGCAUUCCAAGCGAGACCAAAUGAUGUUACACAUAGAAUAAAGGUGACCAGACUUCUUGGGGAGUACUUGAAAAAGAACUACGGGGGUCGUUUCUACGCUAAGGGUCGCAACUUGGUGUUAGCACUACGACAUGCUUACGAUACAGCUUUUCAAGUCGUAGAUAUCCUGGCGAUGCCUACGGUGCCAUAUACAGCUAGAAAGCUACCCACCGAUGACUGCUCCAUCGAAGAUCACUUCAAAAUGAGCUCUGCUUGUGCCAUAAAUACCAAGUCGUUCAAUUCUACUGGGCACCCAGCUAUCAGCAUUCCUGUUGGUAAAAUCAAUGGACUUCCAGUUGGGUUAACUCUUGUUGGUCGCCAUUUUGAUGAAGUUCGACUUUUACGCGUAGCGAAAUACAUCGAGCAACAUUGUAAUAAAAGAAGGGAUAUGAUAACUCCGAGACUUUAACGAAGUAAACCGAUUUAUGGGUACGUUUGAUUUUAACCCUUCCUAGGCCAUGGUAAAUUAGUUAAGAAUACAAAUGGGGAGGGGGCUGGGAGCGAGCGCCCCCCCCCACCCGCGGAUCUCGGUCGUCGAUCACACCGUCGCGCCUGAAAUCUACACGCCCGUCCCUAACAUAAUCUACCAAAUUUUAUUAUUUUGAUAAUACUAUGAUUUCAUUGAUUAUUCUAAUGCUUAUUUAUGCAUGGAAUCAGCAUGAUCUGAAUUCUGCUCUAAUUCAAGAAAUGAAGGUUCAAAUAUUAGAAUUAUGGGUCUUGACACUCUUGGAGAUAUUCUCAUCAAUCUGCUGUAUGGGAAAACUACAAUGUUGUUUUAUACUUUCUCAAGUGUUGCUUUGUUUGACGAUAUUUUAGGUUUUUUGUUAUAUUUGUUGAUGGAAACCGUCGUAACAAACUAUUUCAAUCAUGAUAACAUACAGUAGAUCAAAUUCAUUUUCAAGCAGUAGAAAUAUAAAAAUAAUGAUACAUUUAUACAUUUUAGCUCGGAUCAGAAUUUGCAAUGGAUUUUCCAUUUUUUUUUUUCUAACAUGCACUAAAAGAGCAUCGCAAACGUUACACGAAACUUGGAAAAAAGCGUCUGGAAAGGCGAUGCGAAGAAAUGUUUUCGUCAUUUUAACUCAUCGCG